GCCAAGGAGCGCAACGAGCAGCUGCACAAGCGUCUGCAGGAGCUGGACGCCAUCAAGCGCGACAUGGCCGUGCAGCUGGACCGCUUUCGCCUCAACGAACAAUAUCCUCCUACGUUUUAUUUUUAUUUUGCAUAUUCCAUCUACCUAUUGUGCAUGCUUGCAAGUUGA